AGAGAGAGAGAGAGAGAGAGAGAGAGAGACGCACCUCGUCUCCCCCUUCCCACGCCUUCUCCCCUUCCUUCUCUUCUUCUUCCGCACGAGGAACUCUCACAGUGCGACGCCAACGACGCCGGGCACUCUGAUUUCUUCCGGCCUCGGUUGCAUUCAAUCAUCAUCAUCAUUUUCAUCAGCAGCAGCAGCAGGAGGAGCAACAUCCCUAUUCUGCAGGAGAAGCAGUAUUCGGGGGCCAAUCGGAGGAUAUAAUCUUCGUGCGUUGCCUCGACGGGUCGGGUGUGUUCGUGGAGGUUGUGGUGGUGGCUUGCACGAGUUGGAUGGUUCCAGGCUCAGCGUGCUCCCACAUGGUAGAGGCACGACGGCUGCAGGGCGCCACUGGUCCGAUGAGCAGCAGCAGCAGCAGCAGCGAGUGUCAUCGCGUUAUCAUCAGGUCGCACAAUUAUUCACGGGCCUGGUUGAAAUAGGCCGUCAGUCGGUCGGUCGCUGCCGGUGCUGCCACAUUUGGUGCUGCGGGAUCGCUUGUAUCUAUCUGUCUCCUACCACAUCCUCUAUCUAUGCUGGUCUGUCGAGCCUCGGAUCUCGGGUUCUCGCAAUCGGCAUCACCUUGCUCUUCUUCUUCUGCUUCUUCUUCUUCUUCUUCCCGCGAGCUUGAUGGCUCCGAGCUGCUGUCCGUGAGGAGCUCGUUUUCCUGCUAUCAAAAUGUCACAUUGCUCGAAUUCGUUCUUUCCAUUUCUCAUCUUGUAGCUCGAGGACUUGUCGGAGGUUUGGAUCAGGGUCCGAUCAAGCCUCGAAGUGGUCAUCUUUAAGUGGACGACGCCAUCGGGAAAGUUAAUGUGGUCCUCAUGGAGUCCAUGAGAAGGGCCGGAACAUCUAAAUGAACUCUUAGUCUCAGAAGAACCGACGGACGAGCAAUUCUCAGGAGUGCGCAAUUUGUUUCGGUUCUGUAUUCGUAUUCGCGUACAGCGAGCCUCGAAAUCUUCGAGGAUGGGAUCGCUGGAUUGCCUCGGAGCGCUGGCGCCCUAGUUUCUUGGUCUUCAGGCCGAUGGCGCAGUGAAGGAAGCUGUGGGUUGCGGGAAAGGGGGCGACACGAUGAUGAAGCAGCAGCAGCAGCGCCCAGCGGAUUCCGAGUGGCAUUCGAUUUCCCUCGACGAGGCUUCCAGGCCCGAGGUCGAGUACUGCUUCAAGUUGGUGGAAAGGAAGGAUGGUUCGGAGACCCGCCCUUUGUUCGGAUCGAGCGAAGUGUCGCAGCAGACGAGGAAAUUGGAGCUGUCUCUGUGCGGGCUGUCGAGGGAUGGCAAGGGCGACGAGGCCAAAUCGAUGGGGAGUUAUCCGGAUGGCUUGAAGAAGGACCGCUCGUACAUCACCAUGGAAGCGCUGGAUUCUUCUAAUGGAGUGAAGGAGGUCAGAGUGUCAUUUCACGGGCUCGAGGAUUCGAGGAAAGGCGCCACAGACACGGGCUUCAAUCCUGCAGGGUACGACGACGACGGAUGUUUAUCGCUCGUCAGUCAAUUUCGGGCUUUGUUCUCGCCCCCGAAGCUUUCCUGCGGAGGGCUUCUGUCGGGAGAUGGCAAGCAUUCGUUAUUCGAUGGAUUAGGGUCGCUUCUGCAUUCGUUCAAGACCUCGGACCUCGACGAUUCCAGCAACACCGACGUCGCAGGAAUGCUGCAGCCCGAGCACACGACGACGAAGACCUCGUCAACGACGAUGGCGGCGAGUCCUUGCAAAGAGUCCUUCCCGAAGAGGGGGGCUCUGUUCGAAGCCAGGGAUCCGCAGUCGAGGUCCGAUGCGCUGCCGCUGGCGCAUUAUCGGCCCGAGGGCCCAGCGUGGUGCAGCAGUCGCUGCGAUGGCGGCGAGCAGAAGAGGGAUGGCGCCUCGAUUGCGCCCAAGGGCAACAACCCCAACAGCAGCAGCCCCGUGAACAUGAACUGCAAGAAGCCUCCGAAGCCGCCCAAGCCUCCCAGGCACCCCGGACGGGCCACAUCUCUCGACUCGGCCACCAUCGCCGCGCAUCGUGCUGCUGCCGCGCGCAGGAAGAUGCUGAAGCAGGCCGCAGCGAAGCGCAAGGCGAGGGUUGCGGCUCCGGCCAGCUCCGGCACCCCGUUCAUCGCCCUCGCGCUCACCCUCGGCUUCGGCAUCCUCAUGGUCUUCCAAGGUCUCUUCGUGCAAAGCAGUGCCACUUAUGGAGACAGCGACAAAGCGUUCGUGGAUGUGCCCAGCGAUCAGUUCGGCCACUUUUCCGCCGAGGCCGAUAAUUCCUACGGAUACCCGUAUCAAAUAGAUGCGGGAGAACAGGGCGCGAACGAGGUAGCGGAUCCGGGAAAAGCCGAGAUGUUGAUCAGCAACGCCUUCUUCAAGUCGAUGCAAGAGAUUCAAUCCUCCUCGUCCGGGAGGGGCUCGCUGCCUUCUUCCGAUCGGGCCGCCGGCGACGUCGUCGACACGAGCAGAAGAGCUUCCGGAUAGUCGACACAGCCAGGCGUCUGAGCUUCGUCCCCUCGCGCCAGCGGCCUGUCCGGCGAGCGAGAUUGCCCUGCGCGAGGCGAAUGAAUGCCAGACGCUUCUUCUUCUUCACUCGAUUCAUAUUUUAUUACGUGAAAUCGGAGAGUGCCCGUUCCAUGCCGUAUUGGUUUCUUUACAUUUUAUUCUUCUAUCGGGGUCGUCGUCGAUUCUGCUCUCAUAGCCUCAUCAUUCAUCGACGUAUGUCACAUUAGAACCGAGUGUACGAUUACAGCGUAUUGCAGAUUUUUAUUUUUAAGAGAGAAAGGUGAACACCCUUCGAAGCAUGGACGGGUGAAGUGGGGAGUCUUUUACUUAGUGUACUCAGGUUUCGGGCUGGAGAUAAAGCGUAGGAGGCAGCCGAACCAUUGAUACUGAAUGAAUGAAUGAAUGAUAGAAUGAAUGAAUGAUGACGAUGAAGCCAGCAGAGAGGAGAUAAACAUAGACACACCUGGCAUUUUGUAAUUUUGAUGGAUAGCAAUUUUGAAAGCAGAUCUUGUAAUAUGUCCUUGAACAUCAAGGAGAAAACCGACGACCAGAGGCUGCGGCAACUUGUACAGAGCUGAGUCGAGCGGGACGCCGAUUGUUCUGCCACCAGCUCUCGAAGCCAUUGAUCACCCUGCUCGCCCCAAUAAGUAUUUGCUCCUUGGCAAAGGCCAUCUUUUGUAGAGCCGCUCGGUCCGGCUCAGGAAAAGAGGCCCCAGAGAUCUUCUGUCAGCAGCAGCUUUUUUGGCCUUUCGCCGAAAAGGCGCUUCUGACCGACGAUCUCGUGUUAAAUUCCGAGCAGAAGGUUUGGCUUGCUACCAAUCAGUCAAGGGUAACGCCUCGAGGAUAUUUGAAAACUAUUGGGAUACAUUUUAUCCCCAGGAUUCUUUUACUUGUGAAAAUAUGGACCGGAUAUGUAAAGAAAGGAAACACACAUUUGCU